ACUUCCUGCGGGCAACGGUCAAACCCAGUCUUCGAGGAUUUAAUGCUUUUCAUUAGUAUCUCCUGCUAUCAGAGGCGCUGUUUUGUGCAGUUUGUGACCAGGCUCAUCACUGAAUAGGGCGCCUGUCUUACUUGGUGACAAACAUGUCCUGUCAUAAUUUAAUAGGACCUGCCUUGCCCCCCAUGUUCAAGAAAGCGAGCGGCGAGGACUCUGAUAGCGAGGAAGGAUUCGCUGGUCCAGCUCUGCCUCCCGGUUAUAAACGGGGGGAGCCGUCCAGCUCUUCGGAUGAAGGCGAGCAAGAAGUGGCGAGUAAAAGAGCCAAGACCAGACACACUGCCUGCAGAGGUGGACCCACACAGAGAGAGGCAGACAGGAGGGCACAAGAUGAUGAUGAUGAUGAUGAUGAUGGCUUCUUUGGGCCAGCUCUGCCCCCGGGGUUUAAGAAGCAACAGAGUUCACCAGAGAGGCCUCCCGUGCUGGGCCCGGCCUUGCCUCCAGGGUUUCGCAGAGCAGCAGAUGAUGACGAUAACGAUGGUGAAGAUGACGAGGGCCUCCAGGGGCCUGCCUUGCCCCCGGGCUACAAGGCUGAGCUCUCCAGCAGUGAGGAUGAGGAUGUGAUUGGACCCAUGCCGGCCAAAGAAGCUGUGCGGGAAUCUGUGGCUCUGGACUUUGAACGCAGGGCGCAGAGGAUGAAAGAGAAGCUGACAACAAAUGAGGGUCCAGAGGUGCUGACCAGAGAAACAUGGAUGACAGAGCUCCCACCAGAACUGCAGCACAUUGGCUUGGGGGCUCGCACGUUCAAGAAGAGGUCGGGUCCAGAGAACAAGGACCGCUCCAUUUGGACAGACACCCCUGCAGACAGAGAGCGCAAGGCCAGGGAGCGCCUUGAAGGAAAGAAGAAGGACGAGGCAGGGAAAGACAGUGUCCCACAAAUGUCCCAGAAAGAUUUGGAAAUGUCACAGAAAGUGUCUCAGUAUAAUGAUUCAAAGCGUGCCGAGUCUUUGAUGAGUUUGCACACAAAGAAGAUGAAAGAGAAAGCAAAGGAGAAGGCCGACCAGCCGGUGGAGAGGAGGCCGUUUGAUCGGGAUUCUGACCUGCAGGUCAACCGCUUUGAUGAGGCACAGAAGCAGCGACUGCUGAAGAAGUCUCAAGAGCUGAACACACGGUUCUCCCACAGCAAGGACCGCAUGUUCCUGUGAGCACGUCCAGGGUUUGAUUAAUAUGGACAGUGUUUCCAUUCACACUGUUUUUUUACAGUAGUUGCUCUUGAUCCCAGUGGUCAGGACUCCAAGGUCCUGCUGGUUUUCAAUCUAGCUAUAAUAGUAAUCUGUCACUACUUUACACUUGGCACACUAGGUGAAUGCAGUUGACUGCAGUGAGCUACCCAGCAGAUUAGAAACCAGCAGUACUGUGUGUCCUGGGGACCGGGAUUGAAGAUCAUUGCUUUACACAAAAGAAAGUCUGAGUGAAAUAUCAAGCUGUGGGCCAAACUGAAUUGGAGACUGCAUACACAUGAAUUAAUGAAACUGUCACAAAUCCUAACAUGUUUGAACGUUGGGAAAAUCAGCACCUUUUAGUAUAAGGUGUUUUGAAUUAGAAAAAUUAAGAAACAUGCCAUCAUGCCAUCAUUCCCUCUUUGACUCUCAUUCACUUCACUUAUUUUGUUAGCCAUUUGUGUGUGUGUGUAUGACCAGUAAACCAAACCUCGCCUUUCAUGUCACGACUGUUUUGAAUUUUGAGGCAUUAAAGAAUGACACUUGUGUAAUAAAGCCUUGAUGGUAAAAUAGCUAUAUCUUGUUAAAAUACAUACUGAUUAGUGAUACAUUUGAUUUCAGUGAAAACAAGUUGUACAGACCUCUGUAGAACUGCAAUGUAUGUACCCUCUGUGUCCCCACAAUGUUUCUUUUACUACUUUUGUGUUUUUACAAGUUGAUAAAAUUGUAUUUUGAAACAUA